GAUCAUGGGUUCUUCUUCUAGAAAUCUUUAUGCAGGAAUUGGAGAAGGUCAAUCAACCUCUAGGCCACCGCUCUUUGAUGGCACCAACUACACAUAUUGGAAAGAGCGGAUGAGAAUUUAUAUCCGCUCAACCAACUUUUAGUUGUGGUUGGUCAUCAAAAACGGCGAAGAAACGCCAAUGAAGAAGGUCGGUGAAAAACUCGUCCCAAAGACCGAGGACGAAUUUGAUGCCGAAGACAUCAAAAAGGUGGAGAACUACGCCAAGGCAAUCAACAUGCUGUACUGCGCGGUCAACCCCGAUGGUUAUCGCAAGAUCUCUUGUUGCACCACCGCCAAAGAAAUGUGGAACAAGCUGGAGGUCACAUACGAAGGUACGGACCAAGUUCGGGAAGCCAAAAUUGACUUCCUAACACAAGAGUACGAAAUGUUUAGGAUGAAGGAAGGCGAAAAGAUCGAUGACAUGUUCGAUCGGUUCUCCAAGAUCAUCAACGACCUUCAUGCCCUCAAGAAGACUUACGCCAACAAGGAUCUCGUGAGGAAAAUCCUGCAGAGUCUCACACCCGAAUGGAGAUCAAAGGCUGACGCAAUCUACGAAUCCAUCGGAGUCUCAAACGUCACCAUCGACGGGCUAAGAGGUAACCUCAAAACCUAGGAAUCUACUAUUCUAACCCCGUCUUUGGAUGAACAAAAGAAGAAAGGAAUAGCGCUCAAAGAAACCAAGGAGACCGUGGAAGAAGUCUCAAGCGAUGACGACAACGAGUUCGGAAUCGUAAUCAAGAAAUUCCACAAAU